UCAUCAGAAGACUUUUCUUAAUAAAAAAAUUGAUUUAACAAACAAAUUCAGUUUUAAAUUAUUUUACACGCGACAACCCUGUUUUAAAUCGCUGCUAUCAAUUUGACGUUCAUUGAAACCGGACCAGUACUGGGGUUAAUUAAAUUUUUAUGAGGACGAUAAUAAUUAAAUGAAGAAAGGACUUUGUUUAUUUAAAAAUAUAAAAAUUUUUAUUAGUUUAUUUAAAAUUUAAAAAAAUGUUUUCUGGAGGAGAUUCUAGUGGAGACGGCUUUAAAAGUCGUAAACAAUUAACAAAUUACUUUACAGCCCCAACAGGAAACAUUGAUUGGGCGAGUUUAGCUCAACAAUGGAUACAAAUGCAAUCAACUGGUAAUAAUCAGUUAAAUGAAUGCAUCCCGGAGACUACAACUACUUGUACCACAAAAAACUCGAUUGUAAAAAGUCAUGAGUUGGUAAAAACAGCGAGUUCUACGUUGGAAGAAAAAGGUGAAGCUGAUAUGGACAUGGAUGAAGAAAGUGAUAUAGAUCGAAAUAAUGAGCAAAGUUCCCCCCCUCCACCGGCGCCUAAUAUAUCAUCCUUAUGGUAUAUGCAUCAACCUCCACAAUCUGCCUCCACGCCGGUUGAAAAAGAUAUUAUUAAUCCACAAAAUUCAAGUCAAUGGAAUAUUUGGCCACCGCAAGUGACAAUGCCACCGCCUUCUAUUGCAAAUGUGUCUAUGAUGAAUCCCACAGCACAUAUUCCUUCACUCAUGAAAAUCAAUGUAGCAAAUCCAAAUUCAGGCAAUAGUGUUGAUGAUAACAUUGAUGAAGGUGCUGGAACUUCAAGUGCGUGUAUUAAUGCAGCCAAACGGAAAAAACUUCCAGCUUGGAUUAGAGAAGGCUUGGAAAAAAUGGAACGUGAGAAACAGAAACAACUAGAAAAGGAGCAACAAAAUCAAAAUGUAUAUCAGGAUAAUAGUCCUACCGCUGUAGUACCUAAUGAAAAAGAACUUUAUGUAAAAGAUGAUAUGGUAAAUGAAAUUCACAUUAGUGAAAAAAAAAUGGCUAGUGAGAGUUCAGGUAAUGAAGAAGAGGAGGACAAUAACGAAAAUGCUGUUUUCACAGUUUCAAAUGAAUCUAUUAGUUCCAAAAAAAAAUUAAACAACGAUGAUAGAUACACCGAUAAUAUACAAAACAGUCGCAAUGAUAAAAGCUUUGAAGAAAAAAUGGCUAAUCUGAUGGUUGAUGUGAGAAGAACUUUAACAGAACUUUUACUGGAAGUGACAAAUGAAGAGAUUUCGAAUAUAGCUGUCGAAUCUUUAAAAUCCUGUAAAUUAAAAGCGUCAUCGGCACAACUCAUCCACAAAGUCGCUUUGUCUUCCUUAACUGGAAAGCUUGGUUUAACUGCAUAUGAUGAUUCUUCUAGUGGAGAGAGUAGCGAUUCAUCGAAUGAAAGAUCUGAUGAUGAUGACACUGAUGAAGAACUUAAGGUUACGAUACGUGCAAAACAUAGAGCAUUCUCGAAAAUAUCUAGUGAAAUAGAAGAAAGACUUGUCGCUUCUGCUGCGAUGGAAGAACAAAAAAUUAAAUAUUACAAAAAUUUAGAACAGCAAGGAAGAAAUGGCAAGGGCGAGGUUAUAGACGUAAGGAAACGAGACACUGACGAACAGGAUAGUGUAAGCUCAAGUUCGAAAAAUGUGCCAACAUCUUUAGGAAGAAAAGGUUACACAAAGGAAUUCGGUGAGACAACUGAAACAAAGUUAAUUCACUCAAACGGCAAGUGGCAAAAAGAUCGCUCAUCAUUUAAAGAACGUACAACCCGAUUUAGUGAUAAUAAAGAUUCGAGAUCAAAAUCUAUAGCUACUACAGCGACUUACAUAUCUCAAAUUCAAAAUUCGUCUAAUGUAAUAACGCCAAAUAUGUCUACCACGUCAUUAGUAUCAACUGGAGUUCAAGAUCCAAAUGGGUUGUAUACAGCUGCCAAUGCUUGUAUUACAAAGGAUAGUAAUAAAUUGAAAAAGUCUGAAGAAUCGUCAUCAAGAAAAAGAUCAAGAAGUCAUCGUUCAUCAUCUUCCUCUUCUUCUGAGACGUCAUCGAGCUCUUCUUCGUCUAAAAAACGUCGAAGACGUGAACAUAGCAGUAGUCGUCACCGUUCACACAAAAAAUCAGAUCGGGAACGAAACAAUGAACGUCGGCGUCAUAAACAUUCUUAUCGUUCUAGUGAAAGUGAUGACGAACACUAUUAUAAACGAUCACGACAUACACGAAAUCAUUCCCGAUCUCGCUCUAAAUCGCGUUCCUCCUAUUCCUCCACUAAGCAUCGUAGAUAUUAAUAAUUUUAAUUUAUUUUUAUUUUACUUUUAUUUUAUCAUUUCAAAUAAGAUAUUUUUUAUUAUUAAUGUGCAGAUAAUUUAAUAUUUUUUAUAUUUAAUUUUUUUUUUAUUUAAAAAUAUUAUAAAAUUAAAACUAAUAAAUAUUAAUUUCAAUAAAAAAUGACAAUU